ACAUCCGUCGAAGAAGAGAAAAAGGCGGAAGUUGGCAGCGACACGUCAAAAAGGACGACGGACAAAGCGUCGAAACAACAACAACAAAAACAAAAAAACAUUAAAAAUGUUGAGAGUGUUGGUGAGGGAGAGACUCGUUGCGGCCGCUGAUGAAAUAUUCGGGCUUUUUGAAAGAGCGAUGGUGUCGUACGAGGAGGAACUUUCUAGAACGAAAGAGGAGAACGAGCGACAGCGUCAACAACUGGAGGCUGUUUAUCGGAACGUCCCCCAGCUGAUCGGUCGUCAAGAACAACGUCCUCCUCCGCCACACGGGGGGAUCUCCACUUUGCAGCCGGAGGACGCCCAGCUCCCCCACAUUAAAGAGGAAGAGGAAGAACUGUGGACCACUCAGGAGGAAGCCGAUCUGACCGUCGUCUCCGUGAAGACCGAGGACGACGACGCACAAGACGACCUCCUGGCGCCGCUGUCAGACAGCGACGACACGACGUCGCACUCUCGCGAGGCCGAAGACCGGGACGACCACCGGGAGCCUUUGAGCAACACAGACUGCGAGGGAGACGUGCGGACUCACGCCGACGACAAACAUUCAGAAUGCUCUGGAAUGAAGGCCACUCUUAACACCAGGAGACCUUUGCAGGCACAGAUGAACUCUAAAAAGAGCUUCGGUCGCUCAGUUUGGGGUAAAAGAUUCUCUCACCGCUCCGGUUUGGUUUUACACGGCGAGGGAAAGUCUUACAUUUGCUCGGUGUGCGGCGACAGCUUUUCCCGCAAGAGCAAUUUCACGCUGCACAUGAGAACGCACACCGGAGAGAAGCCUUUCAGUUGCUCCGUCUGCGGCAAAAGAUUCUCCCAGAAGUCCAACAUGGUCUCACACAUGAGGAUACACACCGGAGAGAAGCCCUUCAGUUGCUCGCUCUGCGGGAAAGGAUUCUGCCAGAAGACAAACAUGCUGUCGCAUAUGAGGACGCACACGGGGGAAAGACCUUUCAUUUGCUCAAUCUGCGGCGAGACGUUUGUCCAGAAGGUUUCUCUGAUUGCCCACGAAAGAACGCACACGGGAGAAAAAGCUUUCGAUUGUCCAGUUUGUGGGAAAAGUUACUCUUAUAAGAAAACUUUGGCAGCGCACAUGCGGACACACACCGGAGAAUGAACCUUUGCCUGCUCACACUAAACACGGAUCUUUUAAAUAUAGUGAUAUACUACACAUGAUAUCUAUUUAAAUCAGCGUACACCAGAAAAAGACAGAAAACAUUAUGAAUGUGUUUUAAUUGCACGUUUGUUUGAGACGCACGCACUGCAGGAAAUGAAUCCAAUAAAUCAAUAACUUUCUGGUUUAUGUUUUCCUGGCCAGUUUUGUGCUAAAAGCUUACACGGAAGUGUAUGAACCCCCCAACAAAGUACACACAAUCUUCACAAUAAACAUGUAACCAAAACUUUGGAAAUGUAUGUUUGGUAGAUAAUUUGUUUGUUCUGACUAUGAUU